AUGGUUCAAGCUCCAUUGCUGCUCCUGCUCACGUCUUGGAUUACCCUCACCCAACAGCAAGUCGCUCCUCCAGCUCCCAGUGCGCCACCGACAGUGCCAAACAUUGGUGGCUCCGGACCACCACCAGCACCAGUAACGACAGCGCAAGUGGGCCCAUGGAAGCCCCCGAGCGGAUCCGGCGGACUGCCUCCGCCCUCACUAUCUGGGAUGGGCCGCCAAAUUCGACUCAACAGUGCCACCGAUUUUUGCAUUCUGAUGCCCCCGGACCCAACGAAGCAGAACUUAGUAGAUGCCGAAGCUGAUGCAGUAGCUUAUUGUACAAAUCCGGUGAAUAACACUCGGCCUAUGCCUGAUGGGUUCAUCAAGACUUCACAUUUCAGACACACCGAUAAAUAUGUCCAGAUCUCUGGUACUUACGAUCCCUCCAAAAUGAAUCUUUCUCCAAACGAUUGCGGAGGUGAAUAUGACAAUCAUGGGGCCAUGGGUGUUGGGAAUCCGGUUGGAGCAGCAGUUGACGGGGCGCAUGAUUUCAUGCAAUUCAUGGGUGGCUGCGAUAUUCCUGGCAACGCCGUGUUUUGUUUGAGAGCCUGCCAUGGUGACGAUUCUUAUGAGUACUGUAAGAACACUUAUGAUCUGAUGGGCUGUCUUUGGGUCAUGCCUGGAUUACGAGACGCCUGGGUUCUCGAAUUGCAACGCGAACUUCGAUCUUCCCGUGGGAGCCUAUCCGCCACCGGGUCCGAAGACGUUUCACCAAGGGGAUCCGACGACACCGCUGCCAGUAGCUGCUCCGGCAUCCUCCCAAUGUGUGGCGGUCGCCUCGCCGGUCCCACAGGGCGUGACAUAUUACUGGGCCGGCGGCGCACCAGCCGCGACUGCUACGGCCACUCUCAACGGCAACGGCAACUCUAA